GCAGUCGGGAGGGCGGAAGAUGCGCGCGCAGCGCCGGAGCCCCAGCGGAAGUUUCCGCGGGGCGACCGAGAAGGACAGCGUUAAGAUGGACUUGCCAGCGCAGUGAAGCCCAGAGCCAGCUGGCCGUGAAGGAUGAUCACCUUCUGUGCAGAUUGUAGCAAGUAUCUGGAAGCAACGUUCAGAUUCUGCCCUUACUGUGGAAAACACUUGCCGAAGGAGCAUGACGGGGCCCAGUCCUUCACCAGACCGUCUCUGUCCUCCUUCCGAGGCUCCCGGAGGGAGCGGAAGGCCAGUCCUGAAGUCUCCCCCAAGAAAGUGAAAUGGUCCAGCUCCAUCUCUCCCUCGUCGUCUGUCUCCUCAGACUGUAACAGGUCAGCGUCUGAAGACAACUUGAGUCCCUAUCAGAGACUCACAGCCUCUCCUCACCAGGUCUGUUCCCUGGGCCCCGAACGCAACCAGCCUGGCACGUCGCCACCUCCCCAGCGCUCAGAAGACCAGAGACCAGGGCUCUGCAGCAGGCCCCCCACCCCCAGGAGCCCCCUGACUCCCCGGCAAAGCCCUCAGACUCGGAGGCGCAGCCGGGCGACAGCUGCACUCGAGCCUCUGCCCACGGGAACCGUGCUGACGGACAAGAGCGGGCAGUCCUGGAGGCUGGGCUUCCUCCAGACCCGCGACGACCAGGGCCUCCUCUAUGAAGCCGAGCCAGCCGUCGCCUCAGCCUGCACCUCGGGCUCCCAGAAGCAGAGAUUCUCACUCAAACUGGAUACCAAGGACGGACGCUUAUUCAACGAGCAGAACUUCCUCCAGCGGGCCGCCAAGCCACUGCAAGUGAACAAGUGGAAGAAGCUGUACUCGACGCCCCUGCUGGCCGUCCCCACGUGCGUGGGCUUUGGCGUGUACCAGGACAAGUACAGGUUCCUGGUGUUCCCCGGCCUGGGGAGGAGCCUGCAGUCAGCCAUCGAUGACAACCCGAAGCACGUGCUGCCCGUGAGGCCGGUGUUCCAGGUGGCCUGCCGGCUGCUGGAUGCCCUGGAGUUCAUCCACGAGAACGAGUAUGUUCAUGGAAAUGUGACAGCUGAGAAUAUCUUUGUGAAUCCAGAGGACCUGAGCCAGGUGACCCUGACGGGCUACGGCUUCACCUUCCGCUAUUGCCCCGGCGGCCGGCACGUGCCCUACGUGGAGGGCAGCAGGACCCCGCACGAGGGGGACCUCGAGUUCAUGAGCGUGGACCUGCACAAUGGAUGCGGGCCAUCUCGCCGCAGCGACCUGCAGAGCCUGGGCUACUGCAUGCUCAAGUGGCUGUACGGCUCCCUGCCGUGGACAAAGUGCCUUCCCAACACCGAGGACAUCAUGAAGCUGAAGCAGAAGUUUGUGGACAACCCGGAGGCCCUCAUGGCACAGUGCAGCCGCUGGAUCAGCCCCUCAGAGACCCUGCAGGAGUACCUGAAGGUGGUGAUGGCCCUGAAGUACGACGAGAAGCCGCCCUACGCCACGCUGAGGAGCAGCCUCGAAGCCCUGCUGCAGGACUUCCGGCUGUCGGCCUAUGACCCCAUGGACCUCCAGAUGGCGCCCUAGAAUUUGAACUCACAGUCUGAAGUAGGAAAAGCGACAACAAAAAAAUUCAAAAAAAAAUACACAGAAGCAAUGUGACUCAGGACGUGCAGCAGACUCACAGAUCAGCCUCCAGGAAGAUCCCAGCAGCGCGCUUACCCACGGCCUCUCUAGACACUGGGGCUCCGGGACCCGGCAGCUCCGCUCCAGACACUGUGACAUCCCUCCUCCCACCGCCCCUCCCCACCAGCCAUGAGAUGUGAAGAGAGAAGCCCCCCAGCUCACACAGGAGGCCUGGAACGGCCCUCUGCGUGGGGCCUCCUCCCACCACUGGCACCGCUGUGCUUUGGUAAUAAAUUGUUUCUUUAGAGCGUGGAGA